AUGGCUUCACAGUUUACUCUCUUGAAGGAUAUAGACCCCUCAUUUAAAAAUCAAGUCUAUAAGAUCAAAGUAAGGCUCAUUAAGUCAUGGUCACUAACAUAUUCUGAGCUUAAGUAUCAGAAGCCGAUGAUUGAACUGGUUGUGAUAGAUGAAAUGGGGGAUCGUAUUCAAUGUACUAUAAGGAAUCCUCUCAGAAGACUAUUUGAAGGUGAGUUAUCUGAUGACAAAGUAUACACAAUAUCCAACUUCUCAUUGUCACUAAAUGAUCAGAAGUACAAGACAACAAAUCAUUCUCAUUAUGUUAUUGGCUUGCCUAAUGGGAAGGGUGACACAAUUGAGUUUAUAAGAAAUGACAAGAGUUGUGUAUACAUUGUGGUUGAACUUGAUGACAUGAAAGAUAAUGGUAAAAUUAGGUGUACUCUAUGGGAAGAGUAUGCCAAGAUGUUAGUUAAGCAUAUUGAGGAUCAACCCACUUCUGAGUAUAUAAUAAUAAUUCAAUUUGCAAAGUUCAAUCUCUUCAAGGGCUCAACGAGUGUAUCUAAUACAAAUUGCAACUCCAUUUUGUACAUCAACACUGACUUUUCAGAUGUGAAGGAUUUUAGGAAGAGUGUUAUAAUGAAUGGUACCUAUGUCACACAUGGGACUGUUGUUGCUAUUGACUACAAGAGUGGCUGGUGGUACAAGAGUUACAAGCAUUUUUUUCAUGCUCUAAAGGAAUAUGAGAAUUCAUUCCAUUAUGCUACCUGUGACACAUUUCCAAAUUCUCAUUAUAAAUUUAAGAGUUGCUAUGAAUUUGAUACUACCUCCUUUAUACUAUAUGACAAAGAAGCUAGCAAAUACCUUAGUGUAUCUGCUUCUCAUAUGCGCCUGUCUCAUGUCAACAAGAUUGUAUCUGAUUUUGAAAAUUUGGUCCAUGAGAAUUCUGAGCUUAUUAUUAUUCUCUCUGACUCUACUGAAACUUUCAAGGGGCUCAUCGAGGCUGUUUCAUGUACCAAAAGUCUUAUUAAUAUUUAUCCAGAUUCUGAGAACCAGUCAUCUACUAAGUCUCGAAAGAUUACAGUUGAAGAAGUUCAUAAUGUUGCAAAGCUUCAUGAAGAAUAG